CCCAGGCAAAGUACGGCAGUAGGUGGAGCUCCGUUGCCAGAGUAACCCGGCGUUGGUGUUGGUGUUGUAUACUUCCUGUCGCAACCAUACCUGUUUCCUUGUGCUGAGAUCCUGAGGUGAUGAAUCAUAGUGAAAGAUUCGUUUUCAUUGCAGAGUGGUAUGAUCCAAAUGCUUCACUAUUUCGACGUUAUGAGCUUUUAUUUUACCCAGGGGAUGGAUCUGUUGAAAUGCAUGAUGUAAAGAAUCAUCGCACCUUUUUAAAGCGGACCAAAUAUGAAGACCUUCACUUGGAAGAUUUAUUUAUAGGCAACAAAGUGAAUGUCUUUUCUCGACAACUGGUGCUACUUGACUAUGGGGAUCAAUAUACAGCUCGGCAACUGGGCAGUAGGAAAGAAAAAACAUUAGCCCUGAUUAAACCAGAUGCAGUAUCAAAAGCAGGAGAAAUAAUUGAAAUAAUAAGCAAAGCUGGAUUUACUCUAACCAAACUCAAAAUGAUGACACUUUCAAGGAAAGAAGCAACAGAUUUUCAUAUAGAUCAUCAGUCAAAGCCCUUUUUAAAUGAGUUGAUCCAGUUUAUCACCAGUGGUCCUAUAAUUGCCAUGGAGAUUUUAAGAGAUGAUGCUAUAUGUGAAUGGAAAAGACUUCUUGGACCUGCCAACUCUGGACUGGCACGUACAGAUGCUCCUGGAAGCAUUAGAGCCCUCUUUGGAACAGAUGGCAUAAGAAAUGCAGCUCAUGGCCCUGAUUCUUUUGCUUGUGCUGCCAGAGAAAUGGAGUUAUUUUUUCCUUCGAGUGGAGUCUGUGGGCCAGCAAACACUGCUAAAUUUACCAGCUGUACUACUUGUUGCAUUGUUAAGCCCCAUGCCAUCAGCGAAGGACUGCUGGGAAAGAUUCUGAUGGCUAUCCGAGAUGCAGGUUUUGAAAUUUCAGCUAUGCAGAUGUUCAACAUGGAUCGAGUUAAUGUUGAAGAGUUUUAUGAAAUUUAUAAAGGAGUCGUGUCUGAGUAUAACGAAAUGGUGACAGAAAUGUAUUCUGGCCCUUGUGUAGCAAUGGAGAUUCAACAGACUAAUCCUACCGUGACAUUUCGAGAAUUCUGUGGACCUGCUGAUCCUGAAAUUGCCCGGCAUUUACGCCCUGGAACCCUCCGAGCAAUCUUUGGUAAAUCUAAGAUCCAGAAUGCUGUCCACUGCACUGAUCUACCAGAGGAUGGCCUAUUAGAGUGCAGAGCCUAGAAAUGGCGGAUAACAUGUCUGGCUAAUGCUAGUUUCCUCUUGAAGAAGAAAAGACAGAGUCACAUUUUCUCUGAAUUUGAAACCAAGAUCACUUUAUUCACUUGAUUACAGCUGUUCUUAAAUGCUCCUUGGAUAGUUUCCCUCUGUAUUAUGUUUCCCUCUGUCCUUAGUCAUGGAUUUUCGAAGUAACCUCACUUAGUUCUCCUCCAUGGGCCAAAUAUAUACUGAUAUUGAAGUGUUACUAAUCCUUUAAAAUGCCAGGAGUUUGAGCUUUCAUUGGACUUUGAAAGAUUUUAAUAACUAGAUUUUCGUCUCUGAUCACUGAUAAUGUUUUUAAUUUGGAGUUGGAGCAGUUCCCUCUGGUAAUAAAUGCAGCUUGGGCAGACAGGGCAUGCUAUUGUUCUAAAACAGAGCUCGGAUUAGAUUUUGCCCAAACAGGUACAGAACCGAAAACCUUGGCUUCCGUUAAUGCUGUAUUUUGGGGCAAAGGUUCCUAAAGUCUAGUUGGCCUUUAUUACCUUCAUGAGUUUUACCAUAUCUGAGUACCACCUGAAAUUGUAUUUACUAUUUUUCUUUAAAUUCAUUCGCUGUGAUACUUGAAUAAGUUUAUUUUCCAUCAUGGAAGUAUUUAUUUAGCCUAAGUGGGAAACUAGUAUUACUUGUCCUUAAUUGAAGGUAAUAAAUACAAUGAAAAGAAAAGUUAUUGAAUUCUAGCUAGAUACUAUUGCUUGCAAAAGGUUCUGAGCCCCAGGCCUAUCUCCCUUUAUUUGAAAGGGUAGUAACCUGGGUUGAAGCCAUACUAGCACCACAUUGAAGCUCUCCUUCAGGGAAUGUGAUGGAUUGGAAAAAAAAAAAAAAGAAAGAAAGAAAGAAUCCUUUUUCCUCUAUUUAGUAAUUAUUCCAAUGCUUUUGAUUCCAAGUGGUACUUAGCGAACGUGUGAGAAACCCUGCCUUUGAAAAACUCAUUCCUUUUAUAUUCUGUGUGAGGAAUUCAAUAUUUGAUUGACUGGACUUGUAUGAAAACCCCUUUUCAGGAUGUAAGGACACCCCAAAAGUAGAUGGCACUGUUCCUACACCCAAGAAACGUGUCAUCUAAUAAUACGAGGAGAGCAAAUCAUGAUAAACGUGUAGCAGCAAGAGUUUCAGAAAUAUGCAGGUACUUCAUACUAGAAUGUGAGUGGCAGAGGGUCACUCGAGGGUCUUUCCGGGGCAGUUGAAGAGUACUUAGCAGACUAGGCAGCCAACAAAUACGUACGGAGUCAAAAAACACUAACCAAUUCCCCAGUCUCCUAGUGGAGGUAUAAGCACUCGCACGGGCAGGGAAUAGGUUGGCACCAUCUGGAAAGGCUACAGGGAAGCAAGAUUUGGACAGAAUCUUGAAGGAAGGAAUAGGCAGAGAGCACACACAUACAUACACAGGUGCACGUGCACACACAUAUAUGCACAUACACACAGUGUCUUAGAACAGAAGGUACAAGGUUCAUGUGAAAGCAGGGGGUUAAGUGUGUCUGACCGAGGUUGUGACCUGAGAACAGUCUCAAAAAUACAAACGACCUUCCAAUUUGAAUAAAUACUCCCCUUUCCUCAGACGUAAAGCCAUUCCCCACUUCUUGUUCAUAAACAUCACACGUUUAAGACUCAUGUACACUGCAAAAAGUGUCGAUGUUUCAGCAAAACAAACCAUCUUCUGUUAAAGGAACGAUACCUUCCAUUUCAAUGUACAUGGAGGUUGCUUUUUGAGAAACCCAGCUUUAGGUAGAUAUGUUGUCCGUUUACGGAUUUUUGCCGUAUUUCCUCAGUUGUUAAGGAGGGCUCCUAAAAUCUUUGCAGCUAAGCAGUCGUGCCAUUUCUCACAGUUCCCUUUGCUGUUUUUUGUUAAAUGGAGUCAUUGUUUCUCUGGUAUUAAUUUACCAUCACACGAUUUGCUGCUCUAGAGAUAGCAAAGUCUCAGGUAGUAUUUUUAAAGAAUAAACAAGAGAAGCAGAUUGGCAGGGUAAUAAAUGUGGGGCAAUAAGGUGGGAAUUUAAGCUGUUACUAUUUCUGAACAAGUUGUGCUGUCACAGAAAUGGCCAUGGGCCUCUGGGUCUGUUUCUGUAAGAGGAGAGCCCAACUGAGGAGGCAUUUCAGCAUUUCAGGUCCCAAAGGAUUUCUCGGGACCAGCCUGAAGGCAGGAAGGAUUGAUGUAAGCUUUGGCUGCACAGGCUUUGUGAAAGGUUUCCAUUUUCUGAAAUAUGAUGAUGCCAAGAUUUUAGUUUGGGUACUUCCCACGUGGGUUAAGGGAUACUAAAUCUUCAGCUCCGUUAUACCUGGAGAAUGUUUUUCAGAAAGCUCAUUUUCAUCUCCUUUCACUCUAAGGCUAAUUUUGAAAUAUAUGGCUAAAUAUGGACUUAGGCCAAACCAUGAACCAAAAAGCAAGGUAUAAACCUUCUUAAUUUACUGAACCUCAAACCCUACCUUUUUUUUUGGCACAUGCUAAUUUUUUCAGUUACACACAUAUAUAUACACAUUAUUUUUCAUAUUCUUUGCCAUUAUGGUUUAUCACAGGAUAUUGAAUAUAGUUCCCUCUGCUAUACAGUGUUAUUCUGUAUGUAAUAGUUUGCAUCCGUUAAUCCUAAACUCCCAAUCCAUCCCUCCCCCACCCUGCCACCCCUUGGCAACCACAAGUCUAUUCUCUAUGUCUGUGAGUCUGUUUGUUUUGUAGGUAAGCUCAUUUAUGUCCUAUUUUAGAUUCUACAUAUGUGAUAUGAUAUUUGUCUUUGACUUAACUUCACUUAGUAUGAUCAUCUCUAGGUCCAUUCAUGUCGCCGCAAAUGGCAUUAUUAUGUUCUUUUUUAUGGCUGAGUAAUAUUCCGUUUGUAUAUAUACUACAUUUUCUUUAUUCAUUCAUCCUCGAUGGACAUUUAGGUUGUUUCCAUGUCUUGGCUAUUGUGAAUAGUGCUGCUGUGAACAUAUGGGGGCAUGUGUAUUUUCAAAUUACAGUUUUGUCAGGAUAUAUGCCCAGCUGUGGGACUGCUAGAUCAUAUGGCAACUCUAUUUUUAGUUUUUUAAGGAACCUCCAUACUGUUCUCCAUAGUGGCUGUAUCAAUUUACAUUUCCACCAACAGUGCAAGAGGGUUCCCUUUUCUCCACACCCUCUCCAGCACUUGUUGUUAGUAGAUUUUCUGAUGAUUCCCAUUCUAACCAGUGUGAGGUGAUUCCUCAUUGUAGUUUUGAUUUCCAUUUCUCUAAUAAUUAGUGAUGUUGAGCAGCUUUUCAUGUGCCUCUUGGCCGUCUAUAUGUCUUCUUUGGAGAAAUGUCUGUUUAGUUCUUCUGUCCAUUUUUUGAUUGCUAACCUCAUUUUUUUUUUUUUAACUGAACUACUAACAACCAUAUCUCGUGAAGCGCUAGCAGGAACCAAAAUUUCAUGUUUUCUAAACUGAGUAUCACUGCAAAAUAUUUCUAAACUUGAACUUUAAAACUUCGCUGAUUGAGCCUCUGCCUCCAACUAACCUGGCUGUCUCACUGGGAAGGGGUGUGCACCUUGGUGUUCAGAGUCCUGACCCAGCUCUAUGGCCUCUGUCGGGUAGAAAAGCCUGAACUUCCAUGUGAACUGAUGAAAUCACGUGUUUGU